AUGUCUUUUGAAGAAAAGCAAGUUCGUGAGACUGCUGUACCUCUGGGCGAGAAAGUGGGUGGGGAUACCAAGUUACAGUAUCUGGAGGCCGCUGCAGACGACGAUAACAAGUCGAUCGUCAUCAUCUCGCUUCAGGAGAAACGUCUCGUGCGACGGCUGGAUAGGCGAAUCCUCCCUAUCGCCUGCCUCAUGUAUCUAUUCGCAUAUCUCGACCGAAGUAACUUGGGGAACGCGCGUCUGCAGGGUCUUCCGCAUGAUGCACUUCACGGGGACCCAACGGGGAAAACUUUUGAUUGGGUGAACUCGGCUUUUUUCUUUUCUUAUAUUCUUUGCCAGGUUCCUGCGACCAUCCUCUCCAAACUCUAUCCACCCCGCCUUUGGCUGGGAUGUGCUGCCCUAGGUUGGGGCCUCUGCUCUACUCUCAUGUCCACGGGGUUCAACGAGACAGGUCUUAUUGUCGCUCGCGUCGGCCUCGGUGUUUUCGAAGCUGGAUUCGGUCCUGCCAUCCCGCUCUAUUUCUCUCUUUUCUAUACGAAGUCAGAAAUUGGGCUGCGUCUCGCCUAUUGGUUUGGAUUCGCCGCAGUUGCAGGUGCAUUUGGCGGGCUCAUUGCCUUCGGUGUUCAGCAUGCACAUACGAGCGUUGAAAAUUGGCGUCUUCUAUUCAUUAUAGAAGGCAUCCCUGCCAUUGCUCUCGGGCUCAUAGCGAUCACACUCCUGCCAAAUAGACCGGAGAUGACCAACUUCUUCAACGAAGAAGAGCGUGCUAUCGCCCUCGAACGCGCCAACCGGGAUGCUACUCGAGAUGUCGGGUUUAUUGUGAAUAAGACGCAUAUCGUGUCUGCUUUCAAAGACUGGCGCAUUUAUCUCGGCGGGGUCAUAUACUUCGGCGCUAACUGUGCACUUGCCUCUAUCUCCGCGUUCUUGCCUACAAUAAUACAGACAUUCGGAUACACGAAUGCCCGUGCACAGUUACUCACAGUUCCCCCAUACGCUGUCUGUGCCGUUGUAAUCACGUUAGCCUCGUGGUGCUCUGACCGCCUGCAGAAUCGUGGAAUAUUUAUUGCCGUGGCAAGUACUGUGGGAGGAAUUGGAUAUCUGUUGCUACUCACAGUGCCUGGUAACAUCCAUGUGCGCUAUUUCUCCACCUUUUGCAUCACGACUGGGACAUAUACAACAAUCGGUAUCGCUAUUGCCUGGUUCGCCCAUAACCUGGCGUCGGAGACAAAACGAGCGACAGGUACUCCAAUGUACAUGGCUAUAGGCCAGUGCGGUAGUGUGCUUGGAUCGCAUCUAUUUCCAAGCAUAGAAGGGCCAAGAUAUAUCAAGGGAUUUGCAGUAUCCUGCGCUCUGGAGUUCCUUGCAGCCCUUUGUGCCAUCAUACUUAGUGUGCAUUACCACUACGACAAUUCACGAAAAGAUCGGAAAUACGGGAAGACUACUGCUGAGACGAUUGUUGAUACGACCGAACUAGCGGACAGGGCACCUGGAUUCCGUUAUGUCCCUUGA